CAACCUGUAUUCUCCAUCACCGUCGGUGAUCCCACUCGAAUGGGAGAUCCAGUGAGAGGAUACACAGUAUACACCGUUCGAACACGAACCACUUCACCUCAUUACGCCCGAGGGGAAUUUUCAGUCUUACGUCGUUUCUCCGACUUUUUAUGGUUAUUCGACGCUCUCACUUUGAAUAACCCAGGAAUCAUCGUUCCACCCGUCCCUGAUAAACAUCCAUUUGGAAGAUUUCAAGAUCAAUUCAUAGAAACACGUCGUAUGGCUCUUGAACGUUGUUUGGCAAAGAUAACAGCUCAUCCUGUCCUUCAAUUGGAUCCAGAUCUAAGAUUAUUCUUAGAAAGCGAUAGUUUUGCCGUUGAAUCAAAAUCACGUCGACAGGAACCUGUAGUUGAUAAAUCUGGUAUAUUAGGAUGGGGUGGACCUAAAUAUGUGGAACAAGAUGAAUGGUACGAUUCUAGAAGAUCUUUUUUGGAUAUCCUUGAAUCACAAUUGAAAGCAUUAGCAAAAUCUAUAGAAGUAGCUUCAAAAGCGAGAUUGGAAAUGUCUACCGCUAUUAAUGAUUAUGCGGAAUCUAUCACCGCUUUGGCGGAGAGUGAUUUAGGUUCAGCUAUGUGUUCUGCUUUAGCAAGAUUGGCAGAUUUAGCUAAAAAGGAGAAAGAAGGAGCGGAAGAACAAGCGAAAGGGGAUGUGGUCAAUUUACUCAAUUUAUCCGAUGAGUAUGUGAGGUUUAUAGGAAGUGUGAGAAUCGCUUUUGCUGGUAGAAUAAAAGUUUGGAGUCAAUGGCAAACACAAGAGAAAGAGGUGACUAGGUUGAAAGUUGCGAGAGAAAAAGCUAGACAACAAGGAAAGUUGGGUGAUAGGGUUCAACAAAGUCUACAAGAGAUUGCGCAAGCCGAACGUAAAGCUCGUGAUUUAAAUUCGGAAUUGGACACAGUGACCAAACUCACCAAAACUGAAUUUACGAGGUUUGAAAGAGGUAGAGUCGAAGAGUUUAAACGUGUUCUGAGCAAUUAUCUCGAAUGUCAAAUUUCAGCGCAGAAGGAUAUGGUGGUUGCUUGGGAAGAAUAUCAUGGGGUGAUUUUGAAAAUGGUCAAAGUGAAUGAACAAGCGACGGUUUCGUAA